AUGGAGCACAAUCAUAUUUUCACCACUAACAUCACUCUGCUCUCCCAUGAUGGAAACCUGUACGGAUGUGGUUUAGGAUUCGUGCCUGUCAUAUACUACAGCUUUCUUCUUUGCUUGGGAUUACCAGCCAACAUCCUCACAGUAAUCAUCUUGUCACGGUUAGUGGCUCGCCGACAGAAGUCGUCGUACAAUUAUCUACUGGCACUGGCGGCCGCAGACAUCCUAGUCCUUUUCUUCAUAGUGUUCCUCGAUUUUGUGCUGGAAGACUUCAUUCUGAGCCAGCAGCUGCCUGAGAUACUGGACAAAAUCAUCGGCAUCCUGGAGUUCUCUUCCAACCACACAUCUAUUUGGAUAACUGUCCCGUUGACCAUUGAUCGAUACAUUGCUGUGUGCCAUCCGCUCAAGUACCACACCGUGUCCUACCCUGCGCGUACUCGCAGAGUCAUAGUAUGUGUGUACGUCACCUGUUUCUUGACCAGCAUACCAUACUACUGGUGGCCGAACAUCUGGAGUGAAAACUACACAAGCACCUCCAUGCACCACGUCCUCAUCUGGGUUCAUUGUUUCACCGUGUACUUGGUGCCGUGCUCGAUUUUCUUUGUGCUGAACUCAAUCAUCAUUCACAAACUAAAGAGGAAAAGUAACUUCCGGAUGCGGGGCUAUUCCACGGGGAAGACCACAGCCAUUUUGCUCACCAUUACAACCAUAUUCGCAAUCCUCUGGGCGCCGAGAAUGGUGAUGAUUCUCUACCAUCUCUACGUGUCGCCCAUAAACAAUAGCUGGCUGGUACACAUAGUGUCAGACGUCGCCAACAUGCUGGCUCUGCUGAACACGGCCAUCAACUUCUUCCUGUACUGCUUUAUCAGCAAACGCUUUCGCACCAUGGCAGCCGGUACACUAAAGGCCUUCCUCAAGUGCCAGAAACAGCCAGUGCAUUUCUACACGAAUCACAACUUCUCGAUCACCAGCAGCCCCUGGAUCUCUCCUGCCAACUCUCACUGUAUCAAAAUGCUGGUGUAUCAGUAUGACAAGGAUGGGAAGCCUCUGAAGAUAUCACCGUGA